AUGUCUUUUAACCCUAUUUUCUUCGCAUUUUCAUUACUAAUAAUUGAUACAUGGGCUCCAGUGUCUAAUAAACAUAAAGUUUUUAUUCCGUUGAUUUUAGCCAUUAUUCUCGAAUUUUUAUCACACUGGGUAUUUUUUACAACACAAAUUUCAAUUUUAUUUUGUUUAUUUUUAUCUCCUCUUCCGAUUUUAUUCAGAGAGGGCCAUCGCUUAGAAAGUGGUAUGUUAUUUUCAACCAACUCAUUUUCAUUUGAUUUGCUUUUGUUUUCAUUUUCUCUUGAACGUUUCAUUCUUUUAUUUUUUCUUCUAUAGCUCUUUAUUCUAUUAUAUACGGUACUUUGUUCAUAUCCCGCCCCCCACCCCUAUCUG